GCAAAAUUCUCUGUUUCAACAUUUUCUUCAAUCCCAAACCCCUUCCCCUCCCUUAAAUCUCCUUGUCCCGCUCCAAAAAUCAUACUAUGAAAUUCCAUAAAUUAACUUUUAAAUUUCAUCUUGUUUUCUUGAGAAAAAGCUUGCACCUUUAUCUGGGUGUUUGUUUCCCUCUGAAAUUUUCAGUCUUCAAGAAUCCAAUAUUUGCAGUUUAAGUUUUGAAGCAUUUCAAACAUUCAGAACAAACCCUUUUCGUUUUACUUCUUAACUUCAAAUUCUUGAUACGAAAGAUUCGAUCUUGAUCGUCGUAAACUUCUACUUAUCUUCAAGAAAGAAUCCUCUUUGGUCUGUGAUGGGAAAUUGCUGUGCAGUACCAAAAACAUCCGAUGAGAAGCAUAAAACAAAUCCAUUUGCAACAGAUUUCGGCGCGCCAAAAUCCUAUGUGCUGAGCAAUCCAACGACAGGGCAUGAUCUGGAGGAGUUCUACGAGCUCGGGCGCGAGCUCGGGCGUGGCGAGUUUGGGGUGACAUACAUGUGCACUGACAAGGCGACAGGGGAGAGGUUAGCCUGCAAAUCCAUCUCCAAGAAGAAGCUGAGGACUAGUGUGGACAUUGAUGAUGUUAGGAGAGAGGUUGAGAUCAUGAGGAAAUUGCCUAAGCAUCCCAACAUUGUCAGCUUGAAGGAUGCCUAUGAGGAUGAUCAUGCUGUGCACUUGGUUAUGGAGCUCUGUGAGGGCGGUGAGCUCUUCGACCGGAUUGUCUCUCGAGGCCAUUACACUGAGAGGGCUGCUGCAGCCGUUACUCGAACCAUCGUUGAAGUCAUUCAGGUGUGCCAUGAGCACGGGGUGAUGCAUCGUGAUCUGAAGCCCGAGAACUUUUUGUUCGCAAACAUGAAGGAGACAGCAGCACUUAAGGCCAUUGAUUUUGGACUCUCAGUCUUCUUCCAUCCUGGGCAAAGAUUCAACGAGAUUGUGGGAAGUCCUUACUAUAUGGCCCCGGAGGUGCUAAAGAGAAACUAUGGUCCAGAGGUAGAUGUGUGGAGUGCUGGUGUCAUCCUCUACAUCUUAUUAUGUGGUUUCCCACCUUUCUGGGCCGAAACUGAACAAGGUGUGGCUCAAGCAAUCAUUCGUUCGAAUGUGGAAUUCAAACGGGAUCCUUGGCCUAAGGUCUUCGAUAGAGCCAAGGAUCUGGUCAAGAAGAUGCUCAACCCCGACCCCAAACAGCGCCCUACAGCACAAGAAGUUCUAGAUCAUCCUUGGUUGCAGAACGCGAAAAGUUGAAGUUUAUUCCAAAAUUUGAAGUUUAUCAAUUUUAUGACCAAUCUUUUGAAUUAACAUAUAUUAACAUGAAAGUUGAAAACAAAUAUAUUCUUCAUUUUAAUCAAUAUAGAUUAACAUGAAAGUUUAUACAGGUACAACCUGCGCUUUGGUUGUGAUGAAUAUUACUUUAAAAUAUCCAAAUGAAUUUAUGUGAUAGGAUUAACAUCAAAGUUGACCACAUUUAGAAGGAGGAUAUUUCAAAGUAUAUUUAGAAUUUGAUUUAUUUUUUAAAAAAAUUAAUUUUGAUUGAGAGUCAUUAAAAUUUCGAGUUUUAAAAUAAUUGUUAAGAGAGAGAAAAUGACUAUGCAGUCCAAUUUACGUGAAUUACUCGUCUCUUUUGAUCAUGUAGUGACUAAAUUACCCUUAAAAUUUUGAAAAUGAUAGUAAUUUUUUUAUCUAAAAAUGAUAGUUUACUGAAAUAAAAUGGACCACAUAUUUUUUAUAUUGAAUUACAUGGUUAUUACCAUG